AUCCCCCUCUAAGCCCCCGUCCGUCCAUCUUUUGGGCCAUCCGCCCUCACCAAAGGACCUAAAACCCCUCUUCUCCUCCUCCUUAUCCCCUCCGUCUCUCUCUCUCUCUCUCUCGCCAUGACCGCAGCUCCCGCCUUCAAGCCCUUAUCCAUGGUGGAGGGCUGCCUCCCCUCCCUUUCCACCCAGUUCUCCUCCAAACCCUCCCACCCCUUCCUCCCCAUCCCUCCCAAACCCCUCCGUCUCCUGCACCUGUCCUUCUCCUCCUCCUCCUCCUCCCCUUCUUCCCUUCCCCCAUUCCUUUCCACCCAAAAAAAGCUUUCUUUGAUCCCCCUCGUGGCCCAGACCUCCGACUGGGCCCAGCAGGAGGAGGAGAACGAGGUCAAGAGCCAAGAUGUCGUCUUGGAAGGCGAGGAGGAGCCGGAGCAGCUGGAGGGGGAGGGGCCCGAAGCUGGGUUCUCGGAUUGGGAGGAAGAGGAGGGUGGUGGAGUCGUCGUCAACGAGGGAGAACCUGAAGGGGACGAUGGGUACGUAGAGGAGGAGGGUAGAGAGGAACCCUACGCCGAGCCGCCCGAGGAGGCCAAGCUCUUUGUUGGGAAUCUCCCUUAUGAUAUCGACAGCGAGAAGCUCGCCCACCUUUUCGACCAGGCUGGUGUUGUCGAAGUCGCCGAGGUCAUAUAUAACAGGGAGACAGAUCAGAGUCGUGGGUUUGGGUUUGUCACUUUUAGCACUGUUGAAGAAGCUGAGAAAGCUGUGGAAAUGUUCCAUCGUUAU